AUGUUCUGGCAUCACCGUAUUCUAGUGAAGAAGAUCACAGCGGGGGUGUGGAUAGCGAUCACCCCCGACCUAGAGCUUGUGCGUCAUAACCUCCUAGAGCAGCGCCACCUCGUCCUCGACCGCAAUUCGAUGUUCCCUGCGAAUCGUCGGGGCGAGGUGCAUGGCUUCGACCCUGUGCCUCGAGCUGAGAUUCUGGCUCUGAAAAGGCAAGCCGCAGUUCAGGCGGCAAUAUUGGGCGACGGCGACCAUGACGUUGAGAUGGAGAACUUCGUUUGGGUCGUCGCGGAGGUAGGUCACUCACGGAUUGCCCAGCCCCUGGUCGAUGCAGAGUUAGACCAGGCUUCCUUGGGGCAGUCCAAGGGCGUGGCGCUGGUGAGCGGCCUCGAGGUGUUCGUAGAGAAGGUUCAGGGCAAUCAGUUGCAAGAGUGGAUGACCUCGCGUAGCUCGGAGGGUGGAGACCUCCGCACCUUGGGCGACCAUCGGGACUCCGCAGGCCGCCGUCAUCUGCCGCUUUCAGACGCUGUAUCCCUGAUGCGCGAGACGAGCUUCGACGAUUGGGCCAUGCCUGGACCGCGAGUCGCCAGGGAGUGGCUCGUUUCAGUUCGGGAUGGCCCUGGAGGUCUUUCUUCUUAUCACGGACAGGGGGUUCGCCGUUCGGGAGUCAGCGAGUCCUCGGCGGUGGCCCACAUUCAUUACGUGCUGUGCGAGUCGGUUCGGCUGGCCAUUCAGACAGACCAGCUCGACGUGACCAACUUGUUGAGUUUCGAACUCAUCAUGCGCAGGAUCUGCCAGGACGAGACCGCGGUGGCUCGCAACCCUCGCCAUCCUGACUACGGUGGGCUGGAGAUUUUGCUUCGCGCUCCAACCGCCGAACAGGGCCAGGCGAGCACGAACAGGUUCACGGAGUGGGUCACGAGCCGUCUCAAGGAGCAGGCCGCGAUCUACAAGCAGACUCGGUUGUGGAACGAGGAGCAGCGGGCCAUGCAGAACUCUCGUGCCCCCGCAGAGUGGAUCCUGGACAGCAUCACGGAGCGCGCUGCCGCUGCGGGCCCCCCCCCGCCUGGCCUGACGGCCGAGGGGGCCGCUCGCGAGUUGCUGGCUUCUAAGGACCUGUACUGCCAGGAGCCGAAGAACCUCGCGCCAUUCGAUCUGACAAAGCUCAAGGUCGCAAGGGGGCGCGCUCGACCUCGCUCUGCGGCUAACUUCUUGCCGCCUUUGCCCGCGGACAUGAUCCGCAACCCUGCGCUGUACAUCGAGAAGGAUGAGGGCGAAAUGGAGUUCACGCGCCAGCACACCGAUCCUAUUCCUGGGGCCCUUGCGGACCUCGACCUCUCCGUGGGUGGCGAGUCCUUCGACGGCGUCGGCAGUGUGAUAGGCUGGGGCCCCCGCGGGAACGAGGCCGAUGUCGAGGACUGCUUCUACAACUUCGCCAUCGAUGGCUUGGCGAAGUGGUUCGGUUUCGACGACCCGCUGCCCGCCGCCGAGAUCAGGGACACGUACGGCAUCAAUGUCGGAGCGUUCUGGGACCCCGAGCUGAACACGAUGGUCUCCGUGGAGGACGACAUGGUCUUGUAUCCGUGCAUGCGCGCUAUGUGCAUGGGGUGGUCCUGGGCUCUGUACUUUGCGCAGGAGGCUGUAUCCGCUAUGACAGAGCGGGCGCUGCGCUCGUCGUCUCUACCGACGCCUGCCAUGGUGAAGGAGCAUCAUCCCGCCCCCGACUUGAAUGAGUCUGAGGUCAUGGGAAGCGUCUACGUGGACAACAUCACUGUCUUCGGCAGGGACGCUUCUUUGUCUCGUGAGGCGAGCUCCGCCCUGCAGGCCGAAGCUGACCGAUCUGGUUUGCCUAUCACGUGGUCCUAUCCUGAUGUGGUGACCCACCUCGAGACCGUGGGCGUUGAGAUCGACCUCGGGAAGGGGAAGCUUCGCAACAAGGCCUCCCGAGUGUGGCGGUUUGAUUUGGCCACCCGCGCUCUCCUGCGUCGUGGCAAGAUGCGAGGAGAGCACAUGGAGGUCUGGCUGGGCCACGCUGUAUCGCUGCUGAUGCUGGCCAGGCCUGGGUACGCCGCGCUCUCAGCCACGUACCGGUUCGCCGAGACCGCCUGGGGUGUUCGGACCCCUCUGCCGCGCGAGGUCAUGCACGAGAUGAGGUUGGUCGCUGGGCUGGUCUGGCUCGCUGAGGUCGACCUGGCGGCGCCCCGCGUGCCGCGCGUCUAUGCCAGCGACUCCGCCGACAACGGGCACGGCCUGAUGUACAAGAAGGCCACGGUCGAGGAGAUGCAGUCGGCCUUCCGCUGGAAGGAGAAGUGGAGCUUCAGGCAACACCUCCGAGGCCCCCGCGUUGGUCUGACUUCGGCCGCUGAUGUCGCUGAGAUGGGCGGCUACAAGGAAGCAGAGGAGACGCAGCUGGAUCACGAGGUGGAGCCCCGUUGCCGCUCCGCCGAGCCGAACGCUGGCUCCGCCCCUGCCACGGCCUUCGGCCAGUGGCUGCAGAGCAAGGCCGAGGAGGCCGACCCUGACGAUCCCGACGCCGAGUGCCUCGGUCAGGUGGGCCCCCUGGCGCCGCCGCUGCCCGCCUCCUGGUUCGACUCGGAGGGCUUCAAGCUGGUGGCAGCAAGGCGCUGGCGCUGGCCUGGAGAGCACAUCAAUGUGAAGGAGACCCGCGCUGCAGUGAUGGGGCUGCGGCAUGCCUGUUGCGUUCGCCAGAAUUGCGGACGCCGCCUAGUUUCUCUCGUGGACUCCAUGGCAUGUGUUGGCUGCCUGGACAAAGGGCGGCCCAGCCGCUCAGCAGCUUUGAACGCGCAGUGCCGGCGAGCUGCGGCCUACACAAUCGGUUGUAGAGUGCGUUGGAGGCUGCGGUAUGUCAACGCCAAGUUUAACCUUCGGAGACGGGCCCAGCAGGGCCAGGGUUUCUUGGAGCUGUUCUCGGGCGAGGGUGGGCUCUCCAAGGCGUUCGAGGAGCUCGGCCUGUCUACUUACCCCUGCAUGGACAUCAAAGAUGGGGCUCACUAUGACCUCCUGGACCCGAAGGUCCAGAACAUCAUCUUAGAGGACAUCCGAAAGGGGCGCUUCUGGUAUGUACAUGUUGGGACACCUUGUUGCGUGUGGUCUCGGGCUCGUCACGGCAUCGCCAAUUAUGAGAAAGCCGCGUACAAGGAGCGUGUGGGUGUAGCUCUAGCGUUGUUCAGCUGCCGCGUUGCUUAUGAGUGUUCGCGGAACGGCGUCUUCUGGGGCAUUGAGAAUCCGAGAUCUUCCAGACUUUGGGACUUCGACCCCGUUCGAGAGCUCACUGACCUUCCUGACGCCCGCCUGACGGCGGGGGCCUGGAUGCCCGGCUUCGCGAUGCUGCGAGACGGCCGGCUUCGCGCGCCCGCGAGCUCCUCCGACCAGCUCGGCAGCGGCUUCAAGCGGAGCCUGACCUCGGGCUCGCUGGCGCCGCCGACUCAGCCGACCUCGAGAGCAGGUUUGACCACCUGCGGCCUUUCAUCGUCUUCGGUCAGGACUCCAACCUCGAAGCAGCAAGGAAGCAGGCAGCCCGCUCGAGGAAAGGCCCGAAAGGUCGCUGGCCGCCGCUCCCGCGUCUCUAGUUUCGUGGAGGCGAUCAGGGGCCGCAACCUGAGCUUCGGGCCGACGGCGCCAGUCCCUGUGGAUGGAGGUGUCGCCCGUUUCGGCUCGAUCACCUCAACGUCGCUCGAGCGAUAUGGGACCGCAGUUCGCGAGUUUUUCGACUGGGCGACGCGCUCAGAUGACCUCAGACAAGCUCCAGAGUCCGUUAUCGAUCAGAAAAUGUGCAAGUACUUCGAUGUUCUCAUGAGUGAUGCUCGACAUGCCGCUGAGGGACGGUACACACUCUGGGGGUAUCUGACUUUCUUCCCACGGUCGGACAUCGCCAAGUCCGCCCGCCUCGCGAUGGCUCGUGAGGCGAUGAAGGGCUGGGUCCGCAGGUUCCCUGGCUCCUCACGACAUCCGUGGCCGCUCUCGGUUUUCUAUUUGUUCAUGAGUGUCUUCCUGAGGGACAAUCACACCGAGGCUGCCGUCGCCCUGGCCAUCCAACUAGACGCCUACCUGAGACCUUCUGAGAUAUGCGAACUGCGGUGGUGCUCCGUGGUUCAGCCCUCAAAGCUCUCAUCUUCACUGUCAAGAAACAAGUGGGCUGAUGUCAUUGGUAACUCAGACCUCGGUGAGACCACGAAGACUGGUGAGAGCGAUGACACUGUAGUUCUCGACGCUAUCGGCCGUGAGUGGGUAGGUUCCGUGCUUGAGAUGUGGGCUGGGCGCCAUAAGUCUGACACCUCUUCUGAUCAGCUAGUCUUCCCGCACCUGUCUCUAGCCAAGUAUGAAGCACUUUUUAGGAAAUACAAUCGCUCUGUCCUCGGCAAAGUAGGGCACCUCACUCCCCACGUGGCCCGUCACUCAGCGCCCAGUCACGACGUGUUGGUGCGCGCUCGCAGUCUAGCAGUUGUUCAGAAGCGCGGGCGCUGGGCCCACGCCCAGUCCGUAAAACGAUACGAAAAGAGCGGCCGCCUUCUUCUCCAGGCCGCCCGUCUUCCUUCCGAGCUCGCGAGGCGAGCCACGGCUGCGGAGGCCUCCAUCUUUCAGUGCUUUCAGGAGGCCCUCCAGUAA